AGCAGCGGGGUGACGUGAAGGCUUCAAAGCGACCUUUACAUCACGCUUCACCUCCAGUUUUCUUCUGUCUCCCUUUUUCUUUUCUAUCUUGGUGGUUGGCGCUGUCAGGAUCGAAGAGCCAAAGAAAAGCACGUAGCUACAUUGAGCUGCUGCGCGCGCGUCCGUUUGUCGGAGACGGAUGAUCUGACGUGUGUGUGCCGUGCAGCCCCGUGAAGUUGCAUCCAAGCACACACACACAUACACACACGUAUACAUUACGCAUUCAUAGAGCCAGUAACCUGUCUUUCAUUGCUGCUAUUUCUGUUUUUCCUAGAUCGUUGUGGCAGUAGCCCAUUUUUCAUACACUUUUCUGUCCUCCCUUUUAAGGGGCGCUAGAAGCAUCGUUAUUCAUAGAUGCACAAGGCACAUCCCGCACCACCUUGACCUGGUUCUCUGAUUUAAAGCACCCCCCCCCCCUCGAUUCUGACGACUCUAACAAGACACAUACAAACUGUAAAAGAAAAGAGGAGUCACGCCUAACUUCGAUAUUUCACAGUCGUGCCUGCACCUUCGAAAAUAGAAGGAGGGUAAGGCAUAUAGCAAAAACCAACAACCAAGCAACACACGUGCUGUGUGCAGCUCCAUGCAUCACUAUGACGCUCCAUUUUUGCUGACCUCGACGCCGUCGUCGAUCGCCUUCAUGUCGCCAUCUGCAGCCAACGCGGAAUCCGUCCGCUGGACCGGCACACACGUGGACGACGAGGUGACUGUAGCGACAGCAGCACCACCGUCAUCGUCGUCAUCAUCGUCACCGCCUUUUCUUGCUCCGCUGCUCUCUUUUAAGGCUGCGUCGUCACUUUCCCACACCGCUGCUUCGCACCGCUCCGUUGAUCCCUACGAGGUGUGCAGGUGCGAACUGGAUCAAUUUUUGGAACUGCAAGACGAGCAGGUCGAGUUGGUGCGACAGCUGCAAGACGCGCUGCGCGUGGGUGUCAGCCCCUUGGCUUCUGCGUCGUCUGCAGAUAGCCACAACGCGGAGAACGUUCCUCCUGGCCCUGCCCAACGACUACUACUACCGUCUCGAAGGAACAGCAAGGCUCGCAAAGGCACCACACCAGGAGGUGGUGAUCAACACAGCGACGGUGCAAACGUGGCCCCGCCAUCGUCCAUUGUCCAUCGUCUGCACGUACUACAGCAUGAGUCGACGGAGCUCGCCAGCACGCGCUGCUUUCCUGCGCUGAAGCAUCUCCUCUCCGCGUUUGAGUCGUACUGGAGUUGGAAGCGCACGCACAUGCAGUGCGAUAAUGACGUGGCGGAAAGCGAAGGAGGAGGAGGCGGUGCGCAGUCGCGGCAAGGAAGAUCGAAUCAAAGAUUGGACGUGAGCAUGAAAGAGAGCGAUAGUCGCGGAGAGCGUAAGAAGGACAGCUUUCCUCUUUCCGCUGCCGAAGCGUCAGCAUCGUCGCUGCGUGCGCGCUACGACCACGUUGUCCGCGUGCGCGAUGAAUUGGAGAGCUUUCUGCAGCUGCACACCGAGGCCGUGCGCGCCCUGCCGCCGUACCUCCACCAAUGGACGCUUCCAGAAAUGACCACACCGCAGGAGUCACGACACACGUCCUCCAUUCCGCAGUUCUACCUCUACGUAGAGGAGCUGCUGGAGGUGACGCAGACGGCCCGACACGUGGCGCGCCUUUUGCAGACGGCGUUGACUGCGUUGUGUCGCCCAUCGCCGCGAAGAGUUCAACGGAGUCCGCGUCCGCCGUAUCAUCCACGAGCAGGCGAACUCAGCGUUGACGGUGUCAGCAAGGGUGACGGCAGAGACGAAGGAGUCGAUUUCUCAACCCGACCGGCGCUGUCUGUCCACACGGGUGGUCAGCCUUUUCAAAGCAAAAGCAGCAGCUGCAGCAACGGUAAGGAGGUCAGCGGUUCCGUGGCGCGUAAUCAUGGUCGGCCUUCGACGUCUUCACCGGGCACAAAGCAGACGAAAAGUCCAAGUCCGCGUACCCCCUCCAGUCAACGAGCAGCAGCAGCGCAACAAGAGUCCCCUUCUACCGCAGCGGACGAUGCUCUUGUCACUCCCAACGACCACAGUUAUCUAAAAGACGACAACGCGUGGGUGGGAGUGCUUUCCCCCCUCACACCGCCACCGCCACCGAAUUCCAGUGUCCCUGCUCAUCUGGCUGUAGGGACCGACGCAACGCCAUCGUCACCAGACUCGUCCCCUCCUCUGCCGAUGUCGGCGCCUGACCAGCAGGAUUCACUGCACCGACAACGGCACCGUCAUCAUCAUCAUCGCUGCCGCGCGCAGGACGGAGAGCCCGUAUUCCUGUCCGCCACCCCCACGCCAACGGCUGCUCUGUUCGAUGCGGCGGCGUCGCCUUCGCCCUCCCCAACCGCCACCGUCUCCGUUUCUCCGAUGACGGCGGUGCGUCGCGGCGGUCCGAAGGAUACGACGACCGCGGACGUGGAGGGAUGCAGGGACGACGGCGACGGCGCUGGUGGUGGUCGCUCUCGUGCAGCCUCCCUCGCCAACGCGUCCUCCUACGCAAAGAGCAGCAGUACGGCGGCCUCGACGCCGUCACCGCCUCUUUCCUGGUCGGCGAGGUUUGUAUCGGCGGCUGUAUCCCCCGCCCCCGCCGCGCGGACACUCGCGGACGGGAAGCGUAACGCGGAGAGACGCACCACUGCUAACGGCAGCGGCGACACGCGGUCACUUUUGCCUGAGUUGGCAUCCGCGCAGGGUGACGAGGUGGAGGUGGAGGUGGUAGUAGAGGAGGGCACUGCGCUUCUUCACGAGCAACGCGAACCGACAAACACCUUCGGGCGAGGAAGCGCAAAGCGUAGCGACAUGGAGACUGCUGUUGCGGCUGCUGCCGCUGCGGUGUUCUUUUCAUCUGACGGACGGCGCUCCGCCUCUCCCCGCUCACCGUCCAUCUCCAACGCCUACACGCGUGCUGCGGAGUGGAGUAGAAGUCGUUCCUCUGUGUCGAUGGAACGCAGUAUCCCACGAGGAAGGAGCGGCGUGAGAGCAGAGGAGGUAGAGGUGGAAGUGGGAGAGUCUGCUGCGGGCAGCGUCGGCCGUGCGGCGUCGAUACCGUCGUUUUUAUGGCCGCAAUUGGCUGCGACGGCUGCUGCUGCAGAGGGCGGAGGUGGCGCGGGGAGGCAACGGACACCGUCGGAGCAGCGAAGCGAAGCGGAGGAGGUCUCAGGAAACGAGAAGGAGCAAGAUGAUUUAUUCUUCACGAGCAACGGCGAGUCAGGCACCGUGCUCGCUCCCACUUCCGCACCAACGGGCGUCGACAACGGUGAUUUCUACACGUCCUCCUCGAAGCUUCAAACGGAAAGGGAGGCGAAGCCGCUUUCACCGUCUCCGGAGAAGGCGGCAACAGCUUUCCCUUCCCGCUCCGCAUCGCAGCCAGACAUCCACGCUGACACGCCGACCACCGCACCAACAAAAGACACACGUGUUCUUCAUAGCGGCAGCAGCAGCGAUAGAGUAGAAGUAGCGGCUCUGGAGAAGGAGGCUGCGGAGAUCCAAGCAAUGCUGCAGCAGCAGCAGCCCGAGAGGACUGUGAAGCUUCACCGGCCGAGUCGUCGGUCAGCGCCGUCACGAUCGUCGGGUGUUGAUUCACAAACAUCGUCGCCAUCUGCCUCCUCUUCCUCCUCUUCGCCUUCCUCCGAAAGACGGCCACGUUCACGCAGCGGCCAUCGCAGUCGCCGGUGUCAACGUCGUCAUCGUCGUCGUCGCGGCAGCAGCGGCAGCAGCACAAGGGAAGAGAACCGUCAUCUCGAGUCUGUCCUGCAUCGAGAGCUGGCGACCAUCCGAGCAGAGCAACGCCACAGCCUGGAAAUGAUGCAGCGAGACAUGCGCAGAACGCUGGACGAGGUUGUGUCACUCGCUACCACGGCAGCGUCGAGCAGUCGGGCAAGUAGUUGCCACAGCACCGAUGUGGAGGCGGAGAAAGCGAAGCUGCACCGCGACGAGGAGCGGGACACGCAUGGGGACGAGGGGCGAACAAAGCUAGAGAGGUCAAACGGGAAAUUGAACAUACAGAGCGGCAUAUACACCCGCACCGCUUCUCCAUCUGAUCCGCUUCCGAGUUCUGCGGAGGCGGAGACGGAAGCGGCGGUCCUUCGAGAGUCGCUCGCCGCCGCUCAGGCCCGCGCAGAACGGCUGGAGCAGCGCACCAUUCAGUUGAAGAAGCGCCUGUGGCUAUCGGAGUUUUCAGGCGACGCCUCAGGGAUGAACACGGACAAACGGAGCGCUGCUGCACCUUCCCUAGAAGAAGAAGGCGGCAGCCACCGAGGUCAUCUCUCGUUGCGUGACGCCUUCGUGUUUGGCAGCUCGCGGACACCGCAAAGGCAGCGCGACGCAUCUCGUGAACGAGACGCCGCCGCAGAGGAGCCGCUGGCGGAGGAAAACGCGUUGCUUUACCUGGUGGACCGCGCUCUUGCGGAACGGCGUGGCAAGCGAGAGGGUGCCGUGCACGUUGACGACGUAUACAAGAAGAUGAGCGCGCUGCAGACGACACCGCUCAAGGCUUUUUCGUCUUCUUCCCCUUCUCUUCUCACUACUACGUCGCAAGGCGUUACAAUGACAGCGACGGCGGAGGCAAUUAACGAGCGUACCGGCAUUCACGCGUCUCCCUCACCGCUGAAGUGCUUCGACGACGUGGACGACGUGCCAUGGCAUCAGCGACACACGCAAACCGUUCUCCUACCGGCCGGCCGAUCGCCUCGCAUUCGACAGCAGCGCGCGUCCAUCUUUCAGCGCCUACGCCACAGCGAUGACGGCGUGAGCACUACCUUGCUUUCCAAUGACGGUGCUGCUGCUGGUCCCGUUCCUGCAGUACGAAAGGAGCUGUCCCAGUUAGGCGGCCCGACGUCUGAUAGCAACGGUGAAGAGGGAAGGAGAGGAGAGCCGGCGCUGCUGCACCCGCCACCUCCCGUGCGGCCUCUAUCUUCUACAAAUGUGGAUAAUGCAAAUAAUCCGGCGUCCAGUGGAGCGGCAGCGGCCCUCCGUUCAAGCUCCACACACCCGUACAGCCACUCUACCGACGGCGCACCACCUUACCUGCCUCCUCAUGAUCUUCGCAGAGCACAGCCUCAUCCACCUGUCAUGGGUGCAGCCAGCGGCUCUUUGUACUACGCAUCCAUCUCCAACAGCCACCACGCACCAAGUCCGCCCCAUCGUCCAGAGGAGAUAAGCGGCACCGCACUACGCGCCGAACAGGUGUUGAAAAACGCAAGGCGACUGCUGCAGAGGCGCAGCGAUGCACACACACGCAGCCGCAUCAUAGCCGAGGAUGGCAGCAGCUGUCAAGCAACGGGAGGCGCGUAUGCUGUGCCAUGUCAAAGUGCAGAGGCUGUGGAAGGGGAAGAGGGACGAGCACCUCUGCGACCGACAGCAUCUGUUCCUUAUCUUGCCAGCCCAUCGUGGCCCAUCGCCAGCGAGGGCGACUCUCUUCCCUUUCCUCCUCCUCCUCCGUACACCGCUGUUAUGAGAGCGUCGUGCGCUGCGCCACAGCCGCCGGUGCCACCUCCAACGGCAGCGCAGAGCCCGCCUCCACACCCGCAUGGCGGUGGGACUGAACAGCGCCGCCGUCCCUCACUCGAGCACUCCCCGCAGCACAGCAUGACGAUGGCCUUCAACAUGGGCAAGUUGCAGUCGCCUUCGAGUGGGGCGCAGUACUUCGGCUACGACGCGUCUCCGUGCUCGGCGGUCGCCUACUCCAGCAGCAAAGCGCCACGCGCGCCCCCGCAUCCUCAUCAUCGCCGCAGUGACGAAGGGACUAUCAAUGAAGGGUGGCCUGCGGUAGCGGAGACGUACCGUGACGGGGCUGCUAUCUCUUCCUCCCCUGCGUCGCACCGCGCUCCAUCGCCGAGUAGCGAACGCCGUCCUGAAGAGCGCGUGGACAGCGCGACGUCUCCCAUCUCCUCCCCCGUAAGCUCUCGCGAACAGCGUCGUUCAGCUGUAAAGGCGAGCAGUGAUGCGCGGACCCAUGACGGCUCACGGAGGGCGGUAUCUCCAUCUCCGUCGCCAUCGCUGUCAGCAGCCGAUGAGCAUUUGCGCCAACUGCGCAGUCGAACUUCCUUGUUGCAGCGCGAUGCGUCGACAGGCCAGCGGUCCACGCGUGCGGCACCUUAUGGAGCUACGCGCGACGAUCGACGAGCUCCAUCUUCGAGUUAUUCUCAAUAUGCUGAAGAAGAAGAGAAGAGACAUAGAGACGUACCACAGAACGACUUUAUUCAUCCCCGUCGUCGCAGCAACGACCGACAGAUUCGGUGGGAAGGCGAGACGACCGCAGCGUCGAGUCGAACGGCAAGCCGCAACUCGUCCCUGUCAUCGCGCGGAUCGGCACAGGAGGAACUGCUUGACAAACUAAAUCGGCAAGAAUCGCUGCUCCAACACGCCUUGGCGCAUCUGCGCACGCAACAGCACCAGCUGUGUGACAAGCGAAGCGAGGUGACGAGGCUCGCAGCCGCAAAGCGUCGGUCCGCGGGGCACGGUGGAGCGCCAGCUGCACGUGAGAAGGGGGCGGCGAGAGGUACGAAAGCUAGUACGGUUAACGGUGGUAGUGGUGGUGUUUCGCUCUCACCGCAGCUGGAGAAGUUAUCAGAGCUGCUGCAACGCCUCGACGCCGCGAAGGACAAGCUGGCGGAGAAGGAGAGCAGAGUGCAGCAGGCGGUGCGGGCUAUUCAGCGGCAGAGGGCAGCUCUCGUGAGUGACGACUUUCUUUGA